AUGGCUGGCUUAAUAGCCUGUGCUCUUCUUGUAGGGGCAGCCACUGCCCAAGAAAUUUUUGACCAGAAAACUGAUAUACUGAAGGCCAGAUGCCGUGCCCACUGCCUCAACAAGUUCUAUAUGCCUGAAAUGAACACCAAUUGCCGAGAUGACGCCGACUGUUGGAUGUGCUGGGACUCCUGCCAUAUGUUGUAUGGAGGCUUUCGUGUAUGGGGGCACAUGUGUGGAAAAGAUCCGGACUGUAUGCGGUUCCCGGGUUGUCAAGAAUCAUGCAGUUUCGUAAGCUCACACUUGGAUUCCUUGACCCAAGAAGGUCGCUCUGAUACUAAGGCUAUACAACCUCUAAAACACCACUAUCUGUCGGAAAAAGAUGCCUUCCAUUUCGAGUGGACGCGGCCCAAAGAAGACUACCAAAUUGGGCAGCUAGUUUACGCGCUGUUGGUACGGGAUGAACUCUCUGGCGGCUGGCAGCAGCUACAACAAACUUUCUACCACAACGCUACCGUGCGUCGAAGUCUUAUUAAAUCCUCGUCGUACAUCCGAUUGACGUCUUAUGACUCCGAAGGAAGAACCGCCGAGGUAGAGAAACCGUGCUCUGAACUAAAUCUCUAUUCGGAAGAUGCAAAUAUUGAGGGAAUGUACAAGGACACCGCGAUGAAAGGCAUGCCUCCAGGUUAUACCAGUCGUCAUCGAGAAUUGUCGCUCGACUACCUACAAGACGGCUGGGUCCCUGUUCUCCAAUCCCUGCGUGCUUCAAGUAUGAAUUCUGGCGGCGUUGAUGCUGUUAUUUCCUGGGAGCAAGUGUCUCAUAAAGCGGCAGUUAAGUAUGUUGUUGAAUGGAAACAGCCCGAUCAGAAUAUCGAUAUGACUGGACAAUUGGCUACAUCUAACAACAUGGGCGUCUUAACUCUAUGGCCAAACAAAAUUUACCAGCUGACCAUCACAGCUUUUGUGCCCGGUAUUCGUGACCCUGUCGGGCGGAGCAGAGCUCUUGUUAUCAACACGGCUAAACACGUGUCCGGCUUGUGGAUAUCAGUCAGUUACAUCGAAUUAGUAGUUAUGACCGCUGUUCUGCUCUUUGUGAUCGUACUGUCAGUUGUUGCACAGACGUACCGACGCUGUCUUCGAGCCGAUACCGUCACCGCUACACAAGCUGUACAUUCGACAACACUAAAUUUACCAUUUCGACAUGCCUCAGUGAAAAAACAGUUAUCAUCGUUAAGCACUCGUAUUUCUCAGAAGCCUCUUAAACACGAUCGGCUGAUUGAAGAAGAUUCUCCAUACUCACUUGGCCAUCGUGCCAACGACUGCAAUAUAUAG